GCUCUGUGGCGGCGCAGGUCUUGGUCACAAGUAGGAAGAAGCUAGUGCACGACACCGGUAAAGAGAAGCGAGAGCCGCUGCCGCACAGUGCCUGUGGGGUCCGUCGCCGCCGCCUGGGAGCAGGAGCGGGGCGGGAGCCGGAGCGGGCAAGGGGCGAGGCCACCGGGCCGAGAGCCGCCCAGCCUGCCCUCCCGUCCUCUGCCUGUGUCCGCGCGGCGCGCCGGACCCCUGAGUCGGUCACCUGGGCAGCAAGGACCCCGCGCAGGGGAGCGGAGCGGACCGUCCCUCCGCCGGCUGCGGCCCAAGGGCGCCCCCGCGGGGCGGAGCGGCCGCUGCCGCCGCCGCCUUCUGCGGGCAGCUGAGUGUCCGGCUUGCGCCUGAGCGAGCGGCCGCCGUCAGCCCCGAGGAGAAGGAGGGGGCAGCCAUGGGGCUGCUGUCCCAGGGCUCGCCGCUGAGCUGGGAGGAGACCAAGCGCCACGCCGACCACGUGCGGCGGCACGGGAUCCUCCAGUUCCUGCACAUCUACCACGCCGUCAAGGACCGGCACAAGGACGUGCUCAAGUGGGGCGACGAGGUGGAAUACAUGUUGGUGUCUUUUGAUCAUGAAAAUAAGAAAGUCCGGUUGGUCCUGUCUGGAGAGGAAGUUCUUGAAACUCUACAAGAAAAGGGGGAAAGGACAAACCCCAACCAUCCUACUCUGUGGAGACCAGAGUACGGCAGUUACAUGAUUGAAGGCACACCUGGACAGCCGUAUGGAGGAACGAUGUCUGAGUUCAACACAGUCGAAGACAACAUGAGGAAACGUCGGAAGGAAGCGACUUCUUUAUUAGGAGAAAACCAGGCUCUCUGCACAAUAACUUCAUUUCCCAGAUUAGGCUGUCCUGGGUUCACGCUGCCAGAGUUCAAACCCAGUCCAGUUGAAGGAGGAGCUUCCAAGUCCCUCUUCUUUCCUGAUGAAGCCAUAAACAAGCACCCCCGCUUCAGUACCCUAACAAGAAAUAUCCGACACAGGAGAGGAGAAAAGGUUGUCAUCAAUGUACCAAUAUUUAAGGACAAGAAUACACCCUCUCCAUUUAUAGAAACAUUUCCUGAGGAUGAGGAGGCAGCCAAGGCUUCUAAGCCUGAUCAUAUUUACAUGGAUGCCAUGGGAUUUGGGAUGGGCAAUUGCUGUCUUCAGGUAACGUUCCAAGCCUGCAGCAUAUCUGAGGCCAGAUACCUGUAUGAUCAGUUGGCCACUAUCUGUCCAAUUGUCAUGGCUUUGAGCGCUGCAUCUCCUUUUUACCGAGGCUAUGUGUCUGACAUUGAUUGUCGCUGGGGAGUGAUUUCUGCAUCUGUAGAUGAUAGAACUCGGGAGGAGAGAGGACUGGAGCCACUGAAGAACAAUAACUAUAGGAUCAGUAAGUCCCGAUACGAUUCGAUAGACAGUUACUUAUCUGAGUGCGGUGAGAAAUACAAUGACAUCGACUUGACGAUAGAUAAAGAAAUCUACGAACAACUGUUGCAGGAAGGCAUUGAUCAUCUCCUGGCCCAGCAUGUUGCUCAUCUCUUCAUUAGAGACCCACUGACUCUGUUCGAAGAGAAAAUACACUUGGAUGAUGCCAAUGAAUCUGACCAUUUUGAGAAUAUUCAGUCCACAAAUUGGCAGACAAUGAGAUUUAAACCCCCUCCUCCAAACUCAGAUAUUGGAUGGAGAGUAGAAUUCCGACCCAUGGAGGUUCAGUUAACAGACUUUGAGAACUCUGCAUAUGUGGUGUUUGUGGUGCUGCUUACCAGAGUGAUCCUUUCAUACAAACUGGAUUUUCUCAUUCCACUAUCAAAGGUUGAUGAAAACAUGAAAGUUGCACAGAAACGCGACGCUGUCUUGCAGGGAAUGUUUUAUUUCAGGAAAGAUAUUUGCAAAGGUGGCACCGCCAUGGUGGACGGCUACAGCAAGGCCCAGAACAGCACGGACCAGGCAGUGGAGGAGUACACCCUGAUGAGCAUAGACACCAUCAUCAAUGGGAAGGAAGCUGUGUUUCCUGGGCUGAUCCCGAUUCUGAACUCUUACCUCGAAAACAUGGAAGUGGACGUGGACACCAGAUGCAGUAUUCUGAACUACCUAAAGCUAAUUAAGAAGAGAGCAUCUGGAGAACUAAUGACAGUUGCCAGGUGGAUGAGAGAGUUUAUCGCAAACCAUCCUGACUACAAGCAAGACAGUGUGAUAACUGAUGAGAUGAACUAUAGCCUUAUUUUAAAGUGUAACCAAAUUGCAAAUGAAUUAUGUGAAUGCCCAGAGUUACUUGGACCAGCAUUUAGGAAAGUAAAAUACAGUGGAAGUAAAACUGACUCUUCCAACUAGACCUUCUGCCAAAGGAAAAACACAUUACUAUUUUAUUGGAGAACUGACUGCAGUACUCCUCAGCCCCUGUGUGUGGGAUGAAGACCAAAUUCUAGAAUGGCACCGUCUGUUGGGCCAGUCGGCCAGAGAUGGGUUUAGAGGCUUUCUUUCAGUAGGUAAAUCUAGAGUUUAUACAGCAUACAUGUACAUAGUAAAAUAUUUUUAUGAUUAACAACGUAUUUUAAUAACAUUGUAUCUAAAGUCCUUGUGAACCGGCUUGUACAUUUUUCAAUUCUUACUCUGGAAUACCUACUGUCUGAGCAGUUUUGUAAAUGUAAUGUACUCAUCACUGUACUAUACCUGCAUUCCAGAGUUUAAGAUGUUUACUGUAAAUUUUUGGGUUUUUUUUUUUAAAAAAAGACUUUACCUGGGACCUGAUUCACUGAAAUUUAUCACUUCUCUUUAAAAACACUUGGUCUUGUUAAUUUUCUUUGAGUCUUCUCCUUUGUUGUGUACUUAAAAUCACUGUUGAAUCCCUUGAAAUGCUUCUAGGGUAACCUUGGGUUUCUGGCACCUUGUCUCUAAUGUUUCUUUUGUAAUUGGAAUAGCUAACAGCUUGGUCACCCUGCCUCAAGCUUUCACCUCUAAAUAAAAUCCAUUGAACUGAAGGCUGUUA